ACUUGCAACGUGGAACGAUGCCAUGGCGUGUUGUAGGACUUAGACAUAGCAUUUAGCCUGUUUUUCUUUCUUAUUUAUCAGGCUUUGAGCGCUGCAUUUCUCUGCCAGUUGUAAUAUCGCCUUCUGAUUCGCUCUCGAUUCCAGCACACGCAUACCAGAGCCUGACUCAGCUGGGCUUCCCACGAUCGAAAAGCAGUUCCAAAGUUUCACUUUGCCCCCCGACCCGCCAAAGCACCAACGGGCAGCAUCAGCUUCCUUAGCUCCAGGGGCAUGCUAGCUCCCCUGGCCGGGUACAGUAGCGGCGUUCAUUGCUAGCGUUGAUACUUUGCAAAGGCUGGUGGGGUGGUCUGCCCGCGCAAGCCCUGCUUCGCCUCGACGCCCCUGACAUCAGUCGCUACGGAUCAAAUCUGCCACUAAAAUUAGACCCAUUCAAUUUGUCCAGUACUACGCAAUCUCAAAGCCUUCUUCUCGAUAAGGAGUUCCGCUCUGGCUGCUUGCGCCGACGCUUCUCCUUGUUUCUUCUCCAUCUUGCUCCCGCUUUGCGCACGAUCGUCCCUUCGUUUGAUCGCCCUUUUCCAUAUUACUUCUAUCGUUUUUCUUGGUUAUGGUCCCAGCCUUCGAAUAGCCAAGCUACGACGUCGCGCAUUUACAACAGCCCCAAGCUAGCUUCGCGUGGCGGCAACCCCCUCCACCACCAAAAAAAUGGCCGACGCUCCCGACAUCCCGCCCGUUGAUUUUGACGGUGACGGAAAAGAUACAAUUCGACAAAAACCAAGCGAGCCGUCGCGAGCCGCUGAUAUAUUCCAUACAGAACUAGAAAAAACGUCUGAACCGGCUUUGGUGGCCUCUACAGACGAGGCUGCCGAACACGACGACGCCAGUGACGACGAGCAGGAAAGCGCCAUGGAAGCCACGGAUAUCACAAAACCGCUCCUAAAAGACGUAAACGAUACAGCUGCUUCUACGACAGUUUCAAGUCGCCUCCUUCAAUUUCUUUCCACAGUAACCCCAACCACGCUGGCGGCGAUAGCGGUUGGUUUUGCGGGCGUCACAUACGCAGUGCUUGGCCAAUUUGGCCUCGUUGUAGUUGGCGCAGUUGGCGGUGUUAUCUCCUUCAUCAUCUGGGAAGGCAGAAAUCCCGAAAUCGCACGAGCAGUCAAAGGCGAAAAGGGUCCCGAUGUGUUGGAGCGCCUCUGGGCCGACCUCGAUAGCUCACGAGCCCUUGCUGGCAAGGCCGAGGAAGCUGCUGAUGAGGAUGCUGCCCUUAAGAGCUUUGAUGACUUUGGCCCAGAAACAAAAGAAGCUGUAACUGGACUCCUCGACGCAGUUAUCCGCGAUUAUAUUAAAUGGUGGUAUAGCCCCAUUAUCCCAACCGACCACUCGUUUCCGCUGGCUUGUCGCAAAGGCCUGACCGCUUAUAUUCUGGCCAUCUCCAAUCGCAUGUGCAAGAAACGGCCGGCAGAUGCCUUCCUCGACCUAUUGACCAACUCUUCUUCCAUCGCCAUCGCCUUCAUGUCCGAAUUAGCGGGCGCAUUUGCCGACGUGCCUCCCGAGACCUCUAUGACAGCCGUCGACGUCGUAUACAAUUAUCUAGCCUCCAAUCCCGAAUCGCGCCUCAACACGCUUUUGAACCAGCGACAACAGGCAGCCAAGUUCCGUAUGGUUGCUGAGGACUUGCUCUCGUUUCUCGAGCCGAGCGCCUAUGAUUGCGACCCAGCGCGCAUCUUCUUGCGUGAGAUCCUUGCCAACACCGUCCUUGAGUCGACGCUACAAAUCUGCAGCAAGCCCGAGUGGAUCAACGGCUGGAUCGUAUAUCUGCUUGAGGCAGGUGAGCCUGAUUUGAACCAGGCAAUCGAUGUUGGCAUGCAGACCGGUCCCGAUUCUAGCAAUAACAUCUUGUUCGAUCUCGACGGCAACAUGGGCAACGUAGGCAUUGCAAAGCCUGGAAGAUUUUCGGGCGAAUAUGAGCGUGGCCGACGCAAGGAAUCGCUUGCUCAUAGAAAGAAGCUAAGCAAAGCAGACGAAGAAAUAGAAGAGGCCAUCAGCGAGCUCAAGCGCACGGGUGGCCUGCCGACUGUUGACUCUCGCGGAUCCGUUCAUGUUGCUGACUCUGAAAGAGCAAACCGCAGCCUGGAAAUCCCUAGCAUUGGCGAGGAACCCAUCAGCCAGCCAUCAUGGAGAGGACAUGAACGGUCCAUGACUAUGGAUGAGCGAUCUUCGGCAAUGAGCACGUCCACUGAUGGUGCUGCCAGUCGCAAUGAUCCUGUCUUUACUCCUGCUACGCCUCGAUCGUCCACAAUGGAUUCAGCAAGUCAAGAAUCAACGUCGCCACAACAACAUAAAAAGCCGUUUACAAGCUUCGAACAGCUGGUGCCCCCUACCCCAGAUAGCGAGCCUCUCGAGGAGGACAUGCCCCGAAAGGCUCCCCUUACAUUACACAAUGCAUCAUUCACUAUCCAUGAUGAUAGCUCUACUGACGAUGCUCGCAUCAAGAGCAAACCGAACUGGGACUAUUUGAUUCAAGUGGAACCGUCCUCGUCUGAUUAUCCUGGCUGGAUGAUUGUUCGACGUUAUUCGGACUUUGAGACUCUACACGAGAUUUUGCGCCGCAUCGCCACCGUUUCCGGUGCAACUGCUUUCACUGAGCUUCACAAGGAGCUGCCUAGCUGGAAGGUACACGUACGUGAGUCGCUUCGUGGAGAGCUGGAGCGCUACCUCCGCGACGCCUGCUGGUACCAAUCCUUGGCGGAAAGUGAGGGUAUGAAGCGGUUCUUGGAAAAGUCUCAGGGCCAUACACACGGCGCAUCCAAGUCUUUUGCCUGGGACACUGUGGGCAAGAACAUGCUCGACGUCUUAUCAAACGCCCCUAAAGGCGCCAUGGAGGGUGGCAAGACACUUGUUGGGGGUGUUACUGGUGUCUUCGGAAACUUCCCGGGCAUUGCGCGCAAGCCUGUUGCCAGCCAAUCUGUCGAUCUCAGCCCAGCGGCCAGCCGGCUCUCGCUGUCAACACCUGGGCGUGGAGAUAUUCUGAGAUCCUCGCCUGCGAGGUCGGAGCGCACGAGUAUGGACAGCCAGCGCUCAUCUGUCAUCUCGACACAGCCUGGCAAGAUGCCACCCAUGGAGCGAAGGGGAAGCUUCCUCUUCCAAAGCGACAAUGAGGGUGAAGGCGGAAUGCGGAUGGGCCGAUCUGAACGCAUGGGAUCCGUGGCAUCGGCAUCCGUAAGUGCGCGACCUAGUAGGGAGCACAGUCGAGCGUCGAGUCUCGCGCCUGUUCGUUCACCGUCCGCCGUUAGCCUGGACCACAUUAGACUACCUCCUCCACCUGACGAGAUCCCCGACGACUAUGAGUCGCCCGGCGGUGCGGCGGCCUCGCAGCCCGUCACCAUUGGCGAAGAGCUUCUUAGGUCGCCUCAGACGUCAACGUCCGCGCAAGCCACGCCCUCCGCCAAGGCGCCCGCACCCAAGUCGACGAAAUCGCAUUCGCAAAUGACGGAGGGUGAAACGCGCGUGGCGGUCGAGCUUCUGUUUGCAGUCAUCAACGAGAUGUACACGCUCUCAUCUGCGUGGAACAUUCGCCGCACGCUGCUAACUGCCGCAAAGUCGUUCCUCCUCCGCCCCGGCAACCCCUCCUUACUCACGGUGCAGUCGAUCAUUCAGACAUCGGUGCUCGACGCCCACACCUCAGACGCCGGCAUUGCGGCCCACUUGAGGAAGAUUCGGGAGAAUGCCAUGCCCACGGAGGACGAGCGGGCAGAGUGGCCGGCAGAGCUGACGGCUGAGGAGAAGGAGAAGCUUGCCAUCCGCGCCCGGGAGCUCCUCAUCAAGAGUGGCGUUCCUGCCGCUCUCAUGGGAGUCAUGGGACAGGCUGCCACCGGCGAAGCCCUCGGCCGCGUCUUUGACUGUCUGCAGAUUGAAGAGGUUGCGCGCGGUCUCAUCUUUGGCCUCAUUUCGCAAGCCGUCAAAGUCCUCACUCACUAAACCCGGAACUUACUCUUACAUACACAUCUCUCCCUCUAUACCACCUUGCUUGCACUACGCAAAACCACAAUUUCCUUCCUACUUACACACACCCCCCUUCUAUGACGACACUUAUGAACAACAACACCAACCAUGUAUAGAACAACACCAUGAUGCGGACUCCAAAGCCGCAAAAAGAGAACAAGAAAGCCCCCUUCACACUUCCCAUCUGCUUCCUUUUCUCGUUCAUUUCCUGCUGAACCCGUCCUGCAGCGCCCGGUUCGCCUAGACCAGUUCAAUUUAGCCUACUACUACCACUAUUUUAGAACCCGUAUAGUCUCAUAAUACAAAGACCCUGAGAAGCAUCCCCUGCUGCUUCUAACGGUUUCCUUUCUUUUCCC